AGAGAGAGAGAGAGAAACAGAGAUGGGCAGAGCAGGAGAGGGAGAAGAAGAUGGUCUUCCAUUAUUUGAAACAAGAGUAGGGAAGAAGAGUAGAGUUGCAUACAGGAUAUUUGGGAUCACUGUAUUCAUAGGAAUAUGUAUGAUAUGGGUUUAUAGAUUAACCCACAUCCCAACAGCUGAACAAGGAAGAUGGGCUUGGAUUGGUAUGUUCAUGGCCGAGCUCUGGUUUGGUUUCUACUGGAUCAUCACUCUCUCUGUUCGCUUGAACGUUACUUAUCGUUACCCUUUCAAGCACAGGCUCAUAACCAGGUACGGGGACAAAUUACCAGCUGUGGACAUUUUCGUCUGCACUGCGGAUCCCAAAAUAGAGCCUCCGACAAUGGUGAUUAACACGGUCUUGUCGGUUAUGUCAUAUAAUUACCCACCUGAAAAAUUGAGCAUUUACCUUUCGGACGAUGGCGGGUCGGAAUUCACAUUCUAUGCUCUGAUGGAAGCCUCUCAAUUCUCCAAACUUUGGAUUCCUUUCUGCAAGAAAUUCAGGGUCGAACCGAGGUCCCCUGCAGCUUACUUUUCUCAGAAUUUCAACCAGCAAAAUCCCAAAUUAGCAGAAGAAUGGUUGGCCACUAAGAAACUCUAUGAAGAUAUGAAAUUCCGGAUUGAAGCAGCUACUGAAAAGGGUAGGCUUUCGAAAGAAGUAAAGGAUCAACACAAAGGGUUUUUAGAAUGGAACUCUCAAGUGACAAAGCAAGAUCACCAAUCAAUUGUUCAGAUUUUAAUUGAUGGUAGGAAGCCGAGUGCAGUGGAUGAUGAUGGACAUCAAUUGCCAACACUGGUGUACUUGGCAAGAGAAAAGAGACCUCAGUGCCCUCACAACUUCAAAGCCGGGUCCAUGAAUGCACUGAUAAGAGUAUCGUCAGAAAUAAGCAACGCACCUAUUAUCCUCAACUUGGACUGCGACAUGUACUCCAAUGAUUCAGAUGCAAUAAAAGAGGCUCUAUGCUUCUUCAUGGAUGAAAAACAUGGCCACAAGACCUCGUACGUGCAACACCCACAGAGUUACAAUAACAUCACCAAGAACGAUAUUUAUUCGAAUGUUGCCAGUACAACUAAUUUGAUUGAGCUUGCCGGCAUAGAUGGAUACAAUGCAGCCUUGUACUGUGGCACUGGAUGCUUCCAUAGGCGAGAAAGUCUUUGUGGGCUAAAGUACUCUGAAAAUUACAGAGGAGAAUUGAAGAACAGUGUGUGUGAUACAAAGAAAGAUAGAACUGUCCAUGAAUUGGAACAAGGGUCUAAAAUUCUUGCAAAUUGUAGCUAUGAGAAGGGUACUCAAUGGGGAAAAGAGAUGGGACUGAUGUAUGGUUGUCCGGUGGAAGACAUAAUAACCGGAUUAACCAUCCAGUGUCGGGGAUGGAAACCGGUAUACUACUAUCCGGAGACCAGAAAGGCCUUUUUGGGGAUUGCCCCAACAACACUAGAUCAAGCUCUAGUUCAGCACAAGAGGUGGUCUGAAGGCAUGUUUCAGAUUUUCUUGUCAAAGUACUGUCCAUUCAUAUAUGGUCAUGGGAAGAUCAAACUUGGUGCUCAAAUGGGGUACUGUGUCUACCUUUUGUGGGCUCCUUGUUCCUUCCCUACUCUGUAUUAUGUUACCAUCCCUUCUAUUUGCCUGCUUCGCGGCGUUGCUUUAUUCCCUGAGGUGUCAAGCCUAUGGUUCCUACCAUUUGCAUAUGUAUAUCUAGCCAGGAAUGCUUGUAGCAUAGCAGAGUCCUUGACCUGUGGAGACACACUCAAAGCAUGGUGCAACUCACAACGAAUAUGGCUAAUCCGAAGAACAGCUUCAUACACUUUUGCCUUCAUCGACACCAUCACUCGCCAACUAGGAUUGUCACAGACAGCAUUUGCCAUCACAGCCAAAGUAGUCGACGAGGACUUGUCGAAGAGGUACGAGCAAGAGAUGCUAGAGUUUGGGAGCUCCUCAGUCAUGUUCGACAUCAUAGCAACCUUGGCAGUGCUCAACCUCUUCAGUUUUGUAGGAGGAAUCGUGAAAUUCAGUCUCGUCCGAGGUUUGAUUCCGCAGAUUGUUCUGUGUUGGCUAGUGGUUGUGGUUAAUGUGCCCGUGUACCAAGCUCUCUUCGUCCGGAACGAUAAGGGACGCUUUCCAUUUUCAGUUGUGGUCAAGUCUAUUGUUGUUGCUUCUUUAACAUGCAUGAUGUCUGUAUAUUGAGAUCCGAUUGUGAUACUUUUCAUUGCAUAUUUGUAAUAACGACCAUCUUUUUAAUUUAAAAUAAUUAUAAAUUUACAUUUUCAUUUA